AUGACGGCCGCUAGUAGCCUGACCGACGUGGAGGCUACAGCCGGCAAGGUCAACAGGACGGACAUCACAGAAAAAGGUGAUGCCGCAAGCCAGACCGCCGACACCGAGCCGGAAUACCCUUCCUUCGCAAAACUGGUCCCCAUCAUUCUCGCCUUGUAUCUCGCCGUCUUCCUGGUUGCUCUGGACCAGACGAUCAUCGGAACUGCCAUUCCCCGCAUCACGGACCAGUUCAAGAGUAUCUCGGACAUUGCCUGGUAUGGCAGUGCCUAUUUCCUGACGUCCACUGCACUCCAACCCUCAUACGGACGAAUCUACAAGAUCUUCAAUGUUAAAUGGGCGUUCCUCGUCGCCAUCACCCUCUUCGAAAUCGGCUCUCUGAUCUGUGCAGUGGCUCCCUCCAGUACGGCCUUGAUUGUGGGCCGAGCCAUCGCGGGUAUCGGCGUGGCUGGUAUCUUCUCCGGAGCAAUGGUGAUUAUCGCCAUGACCGUCCCACUGGCCAAGCGACCCUUGCUCUUUGGCAUGUUCGGUCUGGUGUGGGGUGUCAGUUCCAUUGCCGGUCCCUUGCUCGGAGGAGUCUUUACCGACAAUCUCUCCUGGCGAUGGUGCUUCUAUAUCAAUCUGCCCAUUGGCGGUCUCUCCAUCGUUGUCAUCUUCUUCUUCCUGCAUUUACCCGGCAAGAAUGAAUUCGCUGGAAAGCCCUUCCGGGAGCGUCUUAACCAGCUGGAUCUGCUCGGUGCCAGUCUGCUCAUUCCUGCCAUCAUCUGUCUCCUGCUGGCCCUCCAAUGGGGUGGUAACCAGUACCCAUGGAACAACUCGCGCAUCAUCGGCUUGUUUGUGGGCUUCGGUCUCCUCGCCAUCCUCUUCGCCAUCUCCCAGGUGUACAUGGGCGAGAAAGCAACCCUGCCCCCUCGCAUCCUGAAGCAGCGCAGUGUUCUGGCCGCCGCCAUCUUCGCCAUGCUCUUCGGAGGUGCCUUCUUCCUGCUGGUCUACUACGUCCCUAUCUUCUUCCAAAGCGUCGAAGGCUCCAGCGCUCAGAAGUCUGGAAUCCAGCUGCUGCCAAUGAUGUUGGCCACUGUCGUCUCCUCGGUGGUCAUGGGUGGCGCAAUCACCGCCGUGGGCUACUACGCCCCCUUCCUCAUCGUCAGUGCCGCCAUUACCGCCAUCGGCACCGGCAUGAUCACCACCUACGACGUGGGUAUUUCGUCCGCCAAGUGGAUCGGAUACCAGAUCAUCGUUGGUGCCGGUACCGGUGCAGGCUUCCAGGUGCCCAUGACGGCUGUCCAGACCGUUCUGCCCGCCGCCGAUAUCCCCGUCGGCACCGCCAUCGUCAUGGCCGCCCAGACCCUUGGAGGUGCUCUCUUCAUUGCCGUGGCCCAGUCUGUUUUCCAGAACGGUCUCAUCAGUGGCGUACAACAGUACGCCCCCUCUGUCAACCCCGAGGCGAUCGUAGGUGGGGGUGCCACGGCGACCCGCCAAGUGCUCACCGACUUGGGACAGCUGGAUCAGUUGGCGAAUGUGAUCAAGGCCUACAUGAGUGGCUUGCGGGAUGCUUACCGCGUCAGUUUGGCCCUUGCCGUGUGCGCGUUCGUGGCGAGCCUGUUCUUGGAGUGGAAGAGCGUCAAGAAGACUGAAAACAAGGGGGAAAUGGUUGUUCCUGCGCUUUGA